UUGUGGUCGAAGUGCAUUGGGUGUGUUCGAAUUCUUAGCGGGACUUGUGAUUUCGUUUUUUAAUCGUUGUUUAUGUUUAUGUGUACGUUUUUUCGUACGACUUGGCUCACACAAUGAAUCAUAAUGGUUUCUAAAUGUGUGAACAGAACUCUCUUUUUGUUUCGGGAUGGUGUGCGCCUACAUCGUAUGAAAUUCUACAUUUACGAAUGUGCUGAAAGGGAUGCUUUAAAAUCAAUGAUACAGGAGAGGUGUGGAAUUGUGGUAGAAACAAAGGGGGAACAUGUUGUUUGUUUCGCAAGGCAAUGUCAAGAUUUAGAGGAUGGUGGUGAGCUAUUUUCUACAGAAUACAUAAAACAAUGUUGUGAAAACAACGUACUUUUGGAUUUGAAGAAAUUCAGGCUUGGAAAAAAUCCUGACUGUUCAAAUGUGGAUCCAUUGGAAGUACUUAAAGGUAUUGCAUCAUGGCCAAAAAAUAUGAGAUGCCUCAGAAAUUCAAACCAAAAUAAUUCAGUUAAUAAGGUAAAGGAAACCCGAGGUUCAGAGCUUUUGCCACAGAAAAGGAAAUGGAGAGAAGCUUAUAGUAGAGAAGAGGAUGUAAAUAUCAUUAGAUAUUUACUGAAAAAUAACAAUUAUAAAAAGGCAGGAACUAAUACUUUAUGGAAAGAGAUGGAAUUGCAGGAAGUCUUAAGAGACAGAUCUUGGCAGUCAAUGAAAAAUCGGCUUCGUAUUAUCCGUCUCCAUCCAGAAAGGUAUGACCUAAGUGAUGAAGAUAUAAGAAAGCUUGGAGGUAAAACAACAACUGAGGAUAGUAAUUCACUGACCGUCUCAGUUUCUAAAGGCAAAUGUUGCUUUUGUUGUCCUAAAAUGGCUUUAAAUGGCUGUGAGGUUGCAAAUGAAAGUGAAAAUGUAAGAUGCUCUUGUCACUGCAGCCAGCGUAUCAAGAUACAAGCAGGAACUGCCGUUGGAAGUGAAGCACUGGUGCAAGUUGAGAGCAUUGGUAGACAAUUUUCUUGUAGUGUCCAGUCUCAAGCAAAGCAAAACCAAGAAAGUUAUGUGAGAAAUGGGAAGCCACUGGAUGUGAAACAGUGUCAUACAAAUAGUGUAGAAUCAUUUUCGUGUGCAAGCAGUACACACAGUGAUGAUGAGAUUGAGAUGGAAACUGAACCAAAACGUUGCUUUAGAGAGACAAGUUCACCAUUUCAUAAAACAAAAAGUCGGUUUACAGUAAAAGAUGGGGCACAACCUAAUCAUAGGCGCAAAUUGUAUAUUUUACCAUCAUCUGAUAUUAAUGUCAGUGUAAGAUCUGGGGAUAUCAGUCUCAUAAAAAAAAACAGUGUCCAUAAAAAAUUCAGCAUUCCUCUGAGGUGGCCUCAGAUAUUUACCCCUGUUAAUUCAGCAGGAUUUGAUAAACAAGUGACUGAGAGUGACACUGUAGCCCCAGAAACAUUGAAUAACAAAGCACGGAAUCAGAAUAGUUGUCCUGAUGACAAUGGUAGCACUGUCUAUGGAAGCUGCCAUUCAUAUGGAAAUGAAAAUGGCUCUGCAGCUUAUUCCAGCAAGGGCAUGCUUGGAGAAGGAACCAAAGCUGCAGCUGCAGUUGAUUAUUUAAGAAUUGUUAAGCAGACACACCAUUCAAGCAAAACUAAGGAAACACUUCCAGAUAAAGGUCAGAAGCCACUUAGUGUGAGAAGCCAUAGCACACCCAAAAAGGCAUUCCAGGUAUUUAACAAAACAGAAUCUAGGUUUGUCAACAACAGUGUGUGUAUUUCAGAGCGCAGCAAGGCAAAAUCAAUGCAAAACAGGAUGGAAAUAGAGGAAGGUAUUGUUUCACCCUCUUUCAGUACAAGUAGCACAAGCUCUGGACUUAGUUUGCAAAUGAAUGAGGAAAAGUCUACAAAUCAUGUAAAUGACUGCAUUAAUCGCCAGAUGUCAUCUGAAUAUCGUAAAUUGCAAACCAGUGACAGCAACGAAGUGCAAUGCAAAUCACAGUUUGAAAUUACUAAUAUACUGUAUUCAAAUAGACACCAGGAUGAAGAGUCUCCUGCUACACAACAUUCUACAGUGCAAGAUGUAAGACCAGUGCCAGAAAAAGAUAAAUCUUCUUCACCAGCCUACCAUCAGAAGUAUUCAAACAGCAAACGACAUUCUCUACUGGAUAGAGACAAACAUUGCCAGCACGUGUCAAAUUACAAAGAUUUUUAUGUGAAACAGUGGCUUAAUUCUGUUGUACACUACUAUGAAAAUGGUAACAUCAGCAAAUUGCCAUCAUUCAGUGAGAAACUAAAAGAAAUAACAACUUCAAGUGAAAGAGAUAAUCAUCACUGUAAAAAUAACAGUUGCAAUGAUUUAAAUGGAGAGAAUUCUUGUGCUGCAACAUAUAUAAGUAAAAGUUUUUGUGUACAAAAAGAAAUUUCCAACAUAGAUGAACAAGUAAUUACUGAAUCUCGUUGUGGAGCAAAAGAGUCUAACAGUGUUGUAAACAGUGAAUUUAUUUCUUCAAAUUCUAAUAAAAGUGGUGUGUUAAAAGAUAAAUCAGUCUGUGUAAUAGGUGCUUCAGAGAGAGUGGAUUUUGGGGAACUGUCUCACAGCAGCUCAGUUGAGGACUCGAGGAAAAUGACAGUUUUAAUGCCGAAUGUAACAGAAACUCCAGAUAGAAACGACGUAGACAAAAGAAUUGCUGAACCUCUGAAUCGGCCUACUGCUGCUGGCUCUAAAGGUGACAGUGCAUGCCGCCUUCAGUCUUAUGCUGGAAAUAUUUCAUCUGUGAACAAUGAAAACAGUAGAACUGAGCCAUUUUUACAGAUAUCUCAUGUGACAUCAUUAUGUUGUGUACAAAACCAAGUACAAUGCUCUGACGAAAGUUGUGACAGUGGUGAUAUCCUUGUGGAAAGUCAAACUUCACAAGCCUCUUGUCAUUUACCUGUACCAAUCAAGCAGGAAUUAAGUAUCUCAAUUGAAGAUGAGGUCAGCCUCUUGGAUGAUGAAGGUGGAAAUCAGUCUUCACAAGUGCAUACACCAAUCAAUCAGGAAACAAGUAGAUCAACUGAAGAUGAAGAACUUAGAUAUGAGGGAUAUUCACCACCUGUUGAUUUUGUAACACAUGUUUCAGAUAAUGAAUAGUAUGUGAAGGAAUAUUUAAAACUGUGGAAUCUAUUGAUAAAGUUUAUUUGUUAUAAAUUAUUUCAUAGCUUGCGCCACUAAAGUACAAACUGCAUUUGCAGCUACAAAAUAAAAUUUUAAAAUUUUGAAAAAAUAAAACAAAUUUAAAAUUAUUAUUUUAAUUGAUAAAGUUGAUACACUAUUUACCCAUUGAUCACUCACUUGAAAAUACAAAACUGUUUGCUGUUUCACAUUCUGUUGUAUAUGUUUUGUGUUAACCACUAAAUUCUGUGUAAAGGCUGCUUGUUUUAUUGGCUUUAAAGGCCAUAAAUAACCUCUCAACUAUAUUUUCUCCCCUAUGUCUCCUUCCAUUGCAAUUAAAUUUAACAGUUGUCACAAUUGUCAGUCCUAUUUUAAUAAGGAAGUGUUCUCAGUGAUGCACUUACUCAAUAAAUGGAAAACAAAUUGCGUUUGAAUUUAGUGAUUGGCUUAGUCAUUUAUUAUAUUGAUCACUGCAGUGAAGACUAUCUUUCCAAUCAAGACUUAAAACUACGAAAUAAUAUAUAUGAUAGGGACA